GUUCAUAUUCAUUCUACAACUGCCUCUCGGGGAGUAAACACCGCUUAGAGCUAUAAAAAUUGUAAUAAAUAAUUUUGGAAAGUGAAUUUUUAAUAGUGUCCAAAAGUGCAGUUUUUUCUAUUGAUUUAAUUUUGGUAGAAAGUUUCAAAUUUGUUUAAAAAAGUGAACGCUCAAAAGAGACGCCCAAAAUGUCCGACAAGAAGCCUCUAAUUCAAAAGAAUCGCAAACCCAGAUUCCCAAAGCGUAUCCAGGCCUCUGUAAGGUGUCGCUCCUUCUGCCACCAUCACAAACAUGAUACCAUCUACCGCAGACGUCCCAGGUCAAUGGAGGUGCCGCAAGAAGCUCAGCCAGUCUUGCCAACCACUACUCCUAUUCCCCCUCCAAGGGAGCCGUUCUCUUUCUCCUAUGGUUUCGGAGCUACUCCAAUCCCAGUCCCAGUCCCAAUCCCAGUCCCAGUCCCAAUCCCAGUCCCAGUCCCACCAAGGCAAACUAUCUCUAUUCCGGAUGGUGAUGAGCAGAACUCUCAACUCUUCCCUGGCGAGUUCAAGGACUGUGUCUACUACGAGAAACCCAAAUAAGGAGCCCGAGGAAGGGUCAGAAGAGGGAUCAGGGGACAGGACCUCACAGUUUGACGGGAGCGGGAACGGGGACUGCAACCUCCAGUGACUCCAAGCUGGAGGGAAGAUCAAGAUUUUUUAGGAAAAUUUAAUUUUCACAAAAGAAUGGCUUUUCAAAAUUUCAGUGACGAAGGAAUAAUAGACUUAGCCCUUAAA